CCCCACAAAAAAAGCCGUUGAUGCUGAAAGAUCAGCCAGGGAUGAAAACGGAGGAGCAAAACCAAGGAGGCCCCAAAAGCAUGGAGGGACCAGAGAGGUCCAGGAAGGGCCCUCAGCAGAUUAGCCAGAGAGGCUGCAUCAGAGAAUUCCUGCAGAGGAUGCCUGCGCAACAGAUCAAAGAGGAAGCCGGGGAAGGUCUCCUUCAGCGCUGGGAGGUCCAGUGGCAGGAGUUCCUGAAGACCAUGGAGUCCUCUCACGCAGGCUGCGGGACCCCACAGUUGCCAGAGGAGCCCACCCCCUGGGAUGACAGCAAGGCCUUCCUGGCCUCCUUCGAGCAAGUGGCCGAAGCCUGCCGGUGGCCCAAGGAAGAGUGGGCGGCCCGUCUCCUGCCAGCCCUCAGCGGAGAAGCCAAACAGGCUUACAGCAGGCUGGAUCCGAGAGACAGGGAGGAUUAUGGGGAAGUGAAGGGGGCCAUCUUGCGAGGGGACGCCCUGAGCAGGGAGAAGAGCCGCCAGCACUUCCGGCACUUCUGCUACCAGGAGGCCGAGGGGCCCAGGGGGACGUACAGUCAGCUCCAGGAGCUCUGCCGUCGGUGGCUGAAGGUCGAGAGGCACUCCAAGGAGCAGAUCCUGGAGCUUUUGAUCCUGGAACAGUUCCUGACCAUCCUCCCACCGGAGGUCCAGGACUGGGUGAGGGAACGUGGGCCAGAGACCUGCUCCCAGGCGGUGGCCCUGGCCGAGGAAUUCUUACAGAGGCAGCGAGAGGCUGAGCGGCAGCAACUGCAGGUAACAACGCCGUUUGAGGAGGUGGUUCUGAGGUUCUGUGAGCCGGAACCAGUUCCGUCUAGCCACACCCACCGGCAGCUGCACUGGGAGGCCAAGGAGGAGCCUGAGAGCGGAGAUGCAACCGUACUGGGCACUAAAGGAUGGAUGAGCCUUGAGGGAGGGGAGCGGUAUGCGGAAGUGUCGGAGCAACUGCGACCUCACGGGACAUCAGUGUGGAGAGGAGGGGAGAAUGAAGUCAGUGCGCCCCUUCCCUUUAGCGGAUCUUUCCAGGAUCUCGAGGAAGAUGCCUUCCAGCGAAGAGUCCACACCGAUGUCUGGCAUGCAAGUGGGAACGGUGGGAGAAUCAAUCUCCAAGAAAUCUCGGACCAAGCAGAACCCCACAGGGUGUCGCUAAGAGGAGCAAAAGAAAACCUUUCCCGGAGCCAACAAGUGGCUGAAACCUCUAAGAUUCCUCAGGGGCCAAAGAUGCCUCAGGAAAACCAGCUAAGGAAAACCACAGGUAAAUCCACUUUUUGUGGGGUGCGCAAGGAAAUCCUUGAUGACACGUCGCUGCUACCUAAACCCCAGAUUUUCCCUGUGAUUGGAACGGCUUUAAGACAGAACUCAGAUGGAGAGACACCAUAUCAGUGUACCGAGUGCGGCAAAUGUUUUGCGCGCAAGAAACACCUUAUCGUACACCGAAAAACCCACAUUGGGAACACCCUCUAUGACUGCUCGGCAUGCGAGAAAAGAUUUGCUUGGAUAUCGGACCUGACCCGCCACCAGAGAAUCCACACCGGGGAGAAGCCCUACGCCUGUCCGCUGUGCGGCAGACAGUUCAGUUCCCAUUCCAGCCUUAUUAAUCAUAGGAAAACCCACGGGGGGGAAAGACCGUUCCCAUGCCCAGACUGUGGGAAAAGAUUUGUGUGCAAAUCACAUCUCACGAGGCAUCAAAGAGUCCAUCUUGAUAGGAAAUCAUACGCCUGUUCCGAGUGUGGCAAAAGCUUCUGUCAGAUCUCGCUUCUGAUCCUCCACAAAAGCACGCAUGCCGAAGAGAACCUCCUUUCGCAGCCCCUGGAGACGCUGGACUUUCAGCCCGAAUCUCUGUAAUGCGUUGAGAUGGUGUCAGUUGUACUGUUCUCCUCUUGACUGGUUGCAGUCCUGCACAUUUGUGUGUCCACUAUGGUAUCUUCCUCUUCAGGACCAAGCUGCGUGUUUGGGUUUUUAAAGAGCUGCAUCCAGGUUCCCCUCACCCCACUUGGGUCCCCCUCAGCCACACAGCAGAUGGAAGGGAUGGCUUUCAAAGAAGAAAGA